AUGGAGAGACAAACAUCGGAAGAAGUGCAGAAGAAUAGAACUCGUGUGAAAGCUUCAAUAAUUGUUGCUCAUUUGUUGGCAUUGCAAGGAGUCGCUUUUAGAGGUCACGAUGAGACUGAAGAGUCAAGUAAUCGUGGAGGCUUUAUUGAGUUUCUUCAACUUCUAGCUGAUCACAAUGAAGAAAUAGGUCGUGUGGCAUUGGAUAAUGCUCCACUUAAUGCGAAGUACAUAUCUCAUGAGAUCCAGAAGCAAAUUUUGCAUGUUUUGGCUAAGAAGGUACGAAAUCACAUCUUUGAAGAAGUUGGAAAUUAUAAAUAUUCUAUCAUUGUGGAUGAAAGCAGUCAUGAACAAAUGGCUAUUGUUCUUCGCUUUGUUGAUGCCAAAGGGCUUAUACAAGAGCGCUUUUUUGAUAUUGUUCAUGUGGAAAAUACAACAUCAAAGACAUUGUAUUCUGCAAUUCGCUCAACUCUUUCAUUCUAUAAGUUCCUAAUUCAAAAUCUUCGUGGACAAGGAUAUGACGGUGCUAGUAACAUGCGUGGUGAGUGGAAUGGAUUGCAGGGUUUAUUUAUGAAGGAUUCUCCUCAAGCUUAUUAUGUACACUGUAUGGCUCAUCGUCUCCAGCUAUCAUUGGUUGCAGCGGCUAAGGAAGUAUAUUGGGUACAUGAGUUUUUCAGGAACUUAUCAUUUAUUGUAACUGCAGUUACUGGUUCUUGUAAGCGUCAAGACCAGUUAGAAGCUGCUGAAGCAGCCAAGAUUGCACUUCAGCUAGCGGCGGGUGAAAUUGAAACAGGAAAAGGUGCUAAUCAGGUUAGUACUUUACAACGACCUUGUGAUACUCGUUGGAGUUCACAUCUCAUAUCUAUAUCUAAUCUUAUCAAGUUGUAUGGUUCAACUUGUAAAGUUUUGGAGAAAAUAAUGAAUGAUGGAUGUAGCGCCAAUGCUAAGUGGGAUGCUACUAGUGCUUUGGAAAGAAUGAAGUCGUUCAAUUUCAUUUUCAUUUUGUUUCUGAUGAAAGAAAUACUGAGUACCACUGAUAUGCUUUCUCAAGCUUUGCAACGGAAGUUCCAAGACAUUUUCAAUGCAAUGAUACUGGUGGAGUCUACAAAAAAGCUCUUGAAUGAAUUCAGGGAUAAAGAGUGGGAUUCUUUGCUAGCAAAAGUCAUAGAGUUUUCAAAACAGUAUGAUAUUGAGGUUCCUGAUCUUGGUGCUCCAUUUUUUAGAGGUCGAUCUAUUCUAAAGAGAGAUGUUACAAAUGAACAUCAUUACCAUUAUGAUGUAUUCAAUGCUGCUAUUGAUGUUCAGAUGACAGAAUUGGGGUCAAGGUUCAAUGAUAGAGUGGUUGAGUUGUUGAAGCUUAGCUCGAGUUUGAAUCCUAGAGAUGGAUAUAAAACUUUGACAUUGAUGCUAUCUGCAAGCUUGCAAGGGAGUAUUAUCCUCUUGAUUUUUCAGAGGAUGACAUUGAUACAUUGA